UAUAACUCUCAUCUGCUAUCAUUGACCUUUAAGUAAGCCAGUUUAAUAAUCACGAAGUAUAUAUUAUUUUAUUUAUCUUUCUCUUUUACAUACCAAUAUGUAAUAUUAAAUUCACGUUUAUGAGGCAAAAAUCUUCAUAUUCAAUAAGAAAUGUGACCCCAUCACUUAACUUUGAUUAUUUUUGAAACAACUGACAUCAACUGUUUGUUGAAAGCAGAUACAGAUUGUUAUUAGCAUACAAAUAAUUCUUAUAAAGUUGUUUCACUCUCUUAAUUGUAAUCUAUCUCCCUACGCGCGCCAUAAAUAAUCGCACGAGACGCGUAAUACAUACUAUUUUACGGAUUGCCGCAUAAAGAUUGUAGGCGUAUAUAAGACUGUGCAUAACCAACGCAGUUAAUCAUUCGCAACAUCGUCCCCAAGAAUCUUAAUCUUUGGACAACGUUAUAGUCGAGCCUAUAAGUGUCAAUUAGCACAGUAUAAUGGUACUAAGACCCUAUACGAGAGGUAUGCUGUAAAAGAACAUGCAUGUAAUUAUGCACAUACAGCGUGCUAUGUACACGAAAGUGCUAAUGUACUUUGGAUCCUUGAAACUGUACGUCCAACCGCGACUACGGAUAACAUAGACUAUGAAAGGUAAACCUUGGUCUUGUUCAUAAUACCAAUCCGGUUGCAGGAAUGAUGCGCUUUUACCGUAUUUAUAAGAGUUAUAUACGUUGGUUCAGCGUACCUUGUUGACAUCCUACACUAGCAUGAUUCUUACUAGGCCCCACUCUUUAAACCCACGGAACGGACUGCAGUUUUACUUUCGUUCGAGGAUCGGUCUCAGUUCAGGUUUACCGCUCCGUGCUCUUGCGUAUACUCGACGCGGUUCUUGCGAAAUUUUACGAGGCAAAUGAAUUCUGUUAUACGUUGUUGUAAUUAAUAUACAAUCAAUUACUGUCUGUCAAUUACUACCGAUACGAUAGUUUUGGAAAAAAUGUACUUGUGUGUGAAACGAAGGCCGGUCAACGGUAUAUUUCUUUUCCUGUCACGGUGAGUGUUUCCGCUUUCAUUUUGCGAGAUAAACGAUAUCUCGACUACAUACUUCGGUACAUCUCGAAUCGCGACCUAUGAUUACAACUACAUACUUGAAUAAUUUUUGUGAAUAAAGUUGUUUCAUCCGAAUGUUUGACAUAAUUUAACGUUUGAAAAUGAUUUUUCCAUUUGCAUUUUUAAAAUAAUGUCAACAUUACAGAUAAUUUUAAAAUUUCAUCUAGUAUAUUAAUUAAUUAAUGAAAAGAAACUAAAAAUGUUUUAAAAAUUCAUUAGUAAUGUGUCGCCUACUUUCUCAGUGAGUGGAUUUGGCAUAGAUCAUAGAAACACGUGUGUGUCAGCAAAACAAACAUGUAUUCCUUGCCACGUUGGUACUCAUCAAAGGUACUACAUUACCUUCAAAUAUGUUACUGGAUCUGGGUAGGCGUACAAAUAUUUCGAUGGAGAAAUACGAUCAGGCGGAGCGAGCAAUCCUGAACUCGCGGACACAUUUGAAUCACGGUUCUCCUUCAUGGUACCUCGGUGUGUCACAUGAAAUGACCGAACACGCUCAGAAUCUCUCAAGGAAAGCUCUACGGAUAGAAACGAUGGCCGUAAUGCUGGUAGAAGCUUUGAACAUGUCAUCAAAAGAAGCAUCUUCCGUAUUACCAUCGGUAACUGCAAUCAGUUGUCCUGACUCGCCUACAUAUUUGCAAGUGAUGGCCAGCUGCAAGAAGAUCGAUCCUCGCUACAGAACGCACAGCGGGAAGUGCAAUAACGGUUUGCAUCCGACUUGGGGCGCAGCUCUAGAAGCUUAUAUACGGUUCUUGCCAACUGAAUACGUCGAUGGUGUUUCUCUACCGCGUAUAGAUUUACCUAGCGCCAGGGACGUCUCUUUGAGAGUUCAUUCCGGAGGAUCCGAUCUUAAACAUCCGUAUCUAAUGGCGCUCACCGCGCUCUUUGGUCAAUUCCUCAUUCACGAUCUCGCGCACACGCCAAAGAUGGAACUACCCGAUGGGGCGAGACUAAAAUGUUGCGACGUGGAUUACGAACACUUUCAUCCAGAAUGUUUUCCAAUCCGAGCCAAUAAUGUUGUCGGCUGCAUGGAAUAUUCUAGAUCGGCGCCGCACCCAGGAAAUUCGCUACAGGGAUGCAAAUUGGGUCCUCGGCAGCAAAUCAACCAAGCGUCAUCGUACUUAGACCUUUCCCCUGUUUAUGGAAGUUCCGAAGAUGUAGCGCAAGCUCUGCGAUCCGGCAAGGGUGGUUUGCUUAAUACACAGAGGAAGAACUUGCCCAUGCCUUCGCCUAAGUAUGAAAGUUGCAGAAGCGCGAACAAAGCUUUCCCAUGUUUUCUUAGCGGGGAUUCACGGGUAAACGAGAACCCCGGUCUCACUCUAAUGCAUGUACUUUUUCUACGUGAACAUAACCGAGUCGCUACAGAGCUAGGACGACUGAAUCCUCACUGGGAUGACGAGAGACUCUAUCAGGAAGCAAGAAGGAUCGUUAUCGCAGAAAUGGAGCAUAUAACUUACAACGAGUUUCUACCAGUUGUUCUCGGAGAAACAACUCUCGACCAAUAUCAGUUACGCUUAACGCAUCAAGGAUACUUUCGAGGCUACGAUACUCGAACGGAUGCGACACUUUCAAACGCUGCCGCCUCUGCUGGACUCUUCUUCAUUGCCACGCUGACCCCAAAAACCCUCGACCUAGUUGACUCGCGAUCGGCGUUAAAGUCUGGAGAAAGGUCCUUACUAUCGGCCUUCUAUGCUCCGCAAGAGUUCUAUGAAGCUGGUGCUAUUGAUCGCCUGAUUGCUGGCGCUACAGCGGGACAUUCUAGGAAGCCAUUGCCACCAGGACUGAAUGAAAUACUUUUGGAACGAUAUUUCCAUGAUGGAAAAAGCAACGACAUUCCAGUGGAUUACGCUGCGCAGAUCAUACAACAGGGAAGGGAUCAUGGUUUGCCAUCUUAUGUCAGAUGGCGAUCAUUUUGUAAUUUAGCACAUGUCAGUAGUUUUGAACAUCUUAGAGGAGCAAUGUCCAAAGAUACUAUAGAAAGACUUCGAAAUGUUUAUAAAAAUGUAGAAGAUAUAGAUUUAGUAACAGGAUUGCUUUCGGAAGCACCAUUACCUGACUCAGUCUUAGGACCAACGUUUCUUUGUUUAUUGGGCCGUACUUUUCGGAAUAUUCGUUUUGGUGACAGAUAUUGGUAUGAGAAUGGAAAUACCCCAGGAUCGUUUACCUUAUAUCAAUUAGAAGAGAUCCGAAAAAUCACAAUGACGCAAAUAUUAUGUUACAAUGGUGAAAGAUUGAAUUGGGUGCAACCUAGAGCGUUUCUUCUAAGAGAUCGUUUUUUAAACGAAGUGAUAAACUGUACGAUACACAAAAGCGGAUCGCCGAAUCUUUCAUUUUGGAAAGAAAGGAAUAAUUCAUAACUUUUUAGCUACUUGUAAUUGUACAUAGCAAAUAUUACAUAGCUAUUAUUAACAGAAAACGCUAGAACUUAUGUUAAUCAACAUUGUUCCUUAUCAUAGAAGCUAUAAAUCCGUAUAUUUCAUUUUCUUUUCCAAGACGAUAAAUUAAAAAAAAAUUCAUUAAAUCAAAAAUGAAUAAAAGUAAUUAUAAAUGAAACACACACUUGCUACUUACUACUUAAAAAUUAUGUAUCUGAUGCACAUGCUAAUGUGUAUCUCUUUUACUAUGUCGUAUUUAAUAUUUUUUAUACAUUUUGUAAUAACUACAACUAUAACUACAUUAAUAAUGAUUGUACUUAAAAAAUACAUACAAUACAUACAAUAUAUACAAUACAAAAAUUU